AUGAUUGCACUCGUUAUUCCAAUUCUUCUCGCUCUGGUACUUGAAAGCAAUGCGGGAUGUGCAUGCAAGCCUUGCUCUUGUAUGAAGCCAAAGUGUCCACCGCCUGUAGUCUGUCCACCACCCAUGUGUAGAGUAAGUCUAAUUUUUUAUAUUUUUCAUUUUAUACCAUUCUGCUCUCAAUUUCUAAUACAUAUCUUCUUCCAGAACCUUUCGAAUGAUAUGGCAAUAUCAAAAGGCAAUAUUCAGAAUGCAGCUGAGGAAGCAAUGAAAGCACAUAUCAAUGUAAUCUGUGCCAAGGGUGACCUAUCGUAUUCGACGCAUACUGAUUCCUUCUGUCAAGCCGAGAACGACGCAAUCACUUGCUACGCUUUUAAAGCGUGA